AUUUUCUUUCUUUCGGUUUUAUCAAUGGAAUCAGUGCUGUUAUGAUUGAGAUUGAGACAGACGAUAGGAUUGUACUUGAAAAUGUGACGUGAACAUGUGAUUCUGAAGUCGACUGAAAUAACUUUCGUUGUGUUAUUUAAUUAGAUAUACGUAUUGCUCAUAGUGUUUUUAUCUUAAGACUAUACUUAAUUGUAAUAAAGUAUUACAAAAAGAUUUAUAACACGAUAUAUUAUUAAGUAUUGAAAUUAUAAAUAUUGGGUGGCCAGUGUAACAAUGCUUAACCUCAACAAAUACAGAUGUCAUUAUUUUUCUAUAGAAAAUAUUUUAGCCUCUCAAGAGAGAGUACCAUGUAAAUUUACAAAGAAAGUAUUAAAUAUGGGUCAUCUUGAUCCCAGCUCAGAAACUAAGGAUAUGGAACAAGGCACUGUGCUUGAGCUACCCUACUGGAUAGUAAAGACAUUGUCAAACAGGGAAGUGAAUGUAGUCGAAGUCGAACCGCCCAAGGUUUAUAAAGAAAAUUACAGAGACAUUUUGAAAGCAGAUGCCAACGUAGUAGAUUUACACAAAAUGUCCAAAUUCUUUUACCAGUUUGGAAAACUAUUAUCAUAUAUUGAAACUUGGAACAGUGGAGAUAUGCGAAAAAUGCUAGUACAGACAUUCCGAGACAGGUUCCGUCAGCUGAUGGACUGGGCACAGCACAUGUCAGCGGAUCAACAGAUGACAGAACGGUUGGAUGACCUGGAGAGACAGGUGUUGGCAAACGGCCGUGCAGCACAAGCCCGUCAGGACAACUGGCUGGCCCAGGGUGUUGGCCGUAUCGUAGCUGCGGAAAUGGUCAUCAACCACAAAAAACGGAAACUUUCAUCUCUUGACUUAAAGUAACAGAUCACAACUUUUUAAUCGGACUUUCUAAGUAAUCUCAAGACGCGUGUGAUUUUCAUAUAACAUUGACGCAAAUGCUAAUUUUUAUUGGAAUACAUUUUUAAUUAAAUUAGUGAAAUGAAA